GCGAGGGGAAGCUGAUCUCGAUAUCGAGACAUUUCUCCCUCGCCCCCCCGUCACGUGACAUAAUUACCACUCGAAUCAAUCAAGAUGAAUUGCACGUCAGCACGCGGUGGGAUUCUUUCCCCCUUCUGCGGGGCUGCUCCUGCCCAAAGCCUCUCCUCGUGCAGCUAGAUGGGGAUUCUGGGGCUCCCAUGCGCCCGGCUUGGCUGCUGCUGCUGCCUGCUCGCGAUCGCCCGAAGGCAGCGGCAGCAGCAGCAGCAGCAGCAGGAAGGAGGGGAGACAUGAGCGACUUUGACGAUUGCGGCAGCCACGGGGCCUCCAGCAUGUACCUCCCCGGGUGUGCCGCCGCCGCCGCCGCCGCCGCCUAUUACGUGUCCCCCUCGGAUUUCUCCAGCAAGAGCCCGUUCCUGCCCCAGUCGCCUUCCUGUCAAAUGACUUUCCCCUACGCCUCCAACCUGCCUCCCCAUGUGCAACCGGUGCGCGAAGUGGCGGCGUUCCGGGACUACGCGGGCGGCGGCGGCGGCGGCGGCGGCGGGGGAGGCGGCGGCGCCGGCGGGGGCGGCAAGUGGCCCUACCGGGGCAGCUACGCGCCCAGCUACUACGACGAGGUGAUGCACGCCAGGGACUUCCUGCCGCCGGCCUCCCGCAGGAGCGACGUGCUCUUCAAGAGCGACCCCGCGUGCGGCGCCCACCACGGGGCCGCGGCCGCCGCUGCCGCCGCCGCCGCCGCCGCCGCCGCCAACUUCUACGGCGCGGUGGGCAGGAACGGCAUCCUCCCGCAAGGCUUCGACCAGUUUUACGAGACGUCCAACGGCGGAGGGGCACCGUACCCGGAGCAGCCGCCACAGGGCGACAAGGGCGACGACCUCAAGCCCCCGAGCAGCGCCUGCAGCAAGAGCUCGCCCCUGCCCAGCCAAGAGCAGAAAGUGGCGAGCGAGGGCGGCGCGGCGGGGUCCCCUUCGGGGCAGGCCGGGCCCGAGAAGAGCAACAGUGCAGCACUUCCCCAGCGGUCCCGGAAAAAGAGAUGCCCUUACACCAAAUACCAGAUCAGAGAACUGGAACGGGAGUUUUUCUUCAACGUGUACAUAAACAAGGAGAAAAGACUCCAGUUGUCUAGAAUGCUGAACCUCACGGAUCGACAAGUUAAAAUAUGGUUCCAAAAUCGACGGAUGAAAGAAAAGAAACUGAACAGGGAUCGUCUGCAAUAUUUUACGGGGAACCCCUUGUUUUGAGAGGACAAACGGGGAGGGGGGGAGAGAGGCGGGCAAGGCAGGAAAGGUCCCCCUUUCCGUCCAACCUGUCAUCUGAUUGCAAACAUCAAGAGGUUUACAGGACAUCCGCCCUGCGGACAAAGCAAG